UCCAAAAUUUUAUUCAAACAAGAAUAGUCUAAGGUUUUCUUCAUCUUCAUCCAUUUUUACUGACAAGCUUAGUUCAACUUUCAACACCAGGUUCUUUUUUCUUUCUUUUUUUUAUCUUACAAGGCCAGAUGGGUAGUUUGGGUCACCAAUUGCACAUUUUCUUCUUCCCUUUCUUGGCUCAUGGCCACAUGAUACCAACUGUGGACAUGGCCAAGCUUUUUGCUUCUCGAGGCGUAAAGACAACCAUCAUCACCACUCCUCUCAACGCACCUUUAUUUUCCAAAACCAUCCAAAAAACCAAAGAUUUGGGUUUUGAUAUUGAUAUCCAAACCAUCAAAUUCCCUGCAGCAGAGGCAGGAUUGCCGGAAGGAUGUGAAAACACGGACGCAUUCAUUACAAAUGAAAAUGCAGGGGAAAUGACCAAGAAGUUUUUCAUUGCCACAACCUUCCUUCAAGAACCCUUUGAGAAGGUACUGCAAGAAAGGCAUCCUGAUUGCGUUGUGGCUGAUAUGUUCUUUCCUUGGGCGACCGAUGCUGCUGCCAAAUUUGGAAUUCCGAGACUAGUGUUUCAUGGCACUAGUAACUUUGCUUUAAGUGCUGGAGAAAGCGUGAGACUUUAUGAGCCACACAAGAAAGUUUCAUCAGAUUAUGAACCUUUUGUUGUGCCUAAUCUUCCUGGUGAUAUAAAGUUGACAAGGAAGCAACUGCCAGAUUUUAUAAGAGAAAAUGUUCAAAAUGACUUCACCAAGUUAGUGAUAGCAUCCAAAGAAUCAGAGUUGAGGAGCUUCGGUGUUAUUUUAAACAGCUUUUAUGAGCUUGAGCCAGCUUAUGCUGAUUAUUACAGGAAGGUUUUGGGAAGAAGGGCCUGGAAUGUAGGCCCGGUUUCAUUAUGCGAUAGAGACAUCGAGGAUAAAUCAGGAAGAGGAAAAGAAGCCUCAAUUGAUCAACAUGAGUGUUUGAAGUGGCUUGACUCCAAGAAACCCAAUUCAGUUGUUUAUAUCUGCUUUGGAAGUAUGGCAAGCUUCCCUGCCUCUCAGCUAAAGGAGAUUGCAACAGGCCUUGAAGCUUCUGGCCAGCAAUUUAUCUGGGUUGUUAGAAGAAACAAAAACAGUGAAGAAGAUAAGGAGGAUUGGUUACCUGAAGGGUUUGAGGAAAGAAUGGAAGACAAGGGGCUGAUUAUAAGAGGGUGGGCACCCCAAGUGUUGAUUCUUGAUCAUGAAGCAAUAGGUGCAUUUGUGACUCAUUGUGGAUGGAACUCGACUCUUGAAGGCAUAACUGCAGGGAAGCCCAUGAUUACAUGGCCUGUAUCUGCUGAGCAAUUCUAUAAUGAAAAGUUGGUGACUGAUGUCUUAAAAACUGGAGUUGGUGUUGGAGUCAAGGAAUGGGUUAGAGUGCGUGGAGAUCAUGUUAAAAGUGAAGCUGUAGAGAAGGCAAUCACUCAAAUCAUGGUGGGUGAAGAAGGAGAGGAAAAGAGGAGCAGAGCAAUUAAGCUAGGAGAAAUGGCAAGGAAGGCUGUUGAAGAAGGUGGAUCUUCUUGCUCUGAUUUCAAUGCUUUGAUUGAAGAGUUGAGGUCGUAUCGCCCUUGAAACUUCGACAGGAUUUCAAAAGGAUUGUCACGGACGUCGGACAGCAUAUAAUAUUUUGUUUGUAUUAGUUUUGACAAUUUACAGCGUCUCAUUUCCUUCAUGUGACCUGGAGUUGCAGUUUUUUUUCCCUCUAAAAAUGAGUUGGGACCGUUAAAUGCAGAACGAAGGCCAUAUUUUAUGUUA